AUGCCACCCAUGGACGCGUCGACCCCCGUAUGUCCGAUGAUCGUCCCCAAUGCACCACUCUCUCAUAUCGCCCCCUGCGCUAAAUUGCAGUCACCGCAGUCUAUCUAUCCAUCCUCUCUUGCUACCGUUCUUCUGCUCCUGCCCUCCACACCCGGCCGCACAUCUCGCCUGCAUUGUGUUUCACUACACAGCCCUUGCAGGCUUCCUUGGUCCCUCACAACGCCUGCACGCGUCCGCUCGCACUUCCCGUUACUAUCACCUCCACAGUCUGUCCGAUCGGCACGCUCCCUGUCCCCCUAUCCGUACAUCACGCGUCCGGUUCGGGAACGAGAAUCUAAGCAUCCAGCUGACUUUAGUAAGCAACCAGACGAUGGUGCUCAUGAUGACAACGAUGACAAUGAUGAAGGGCUGAGGCCCUCAGGUUCUGGAGGUGCUUCUUCAGCCAGACAGCCUAGUGGAUCUUCUGGAGGAACUAUGGGAGGCAAUGCAGGUAUGAGUGGAAGAAAUAAGAGUGGUACAGGAUUUAAUAGUAGUUCUAGUAAAUACUUUCGCCUGUAA